GCCAUUGCAAGGUCAACGAAGUCCAAGUCAUUGGAAUAUAAAAUGUAGGCAGCCAUCCCAUCAUCCAUCGCUGACUGACUGACCCCCGUCAAAAUCGAUACACGCUCACUGUCUACAACAUCGCUGUGCUGCGACAGGUGGCCACCUGCAGCAGAUAGGCAGACACACAGAGAAAUAAGAAGACACCACACACAUACAGAGAGGGACAGAGACAGAGCGAGAGGGAGACAGGUAGAGAUAGCCACAUGGUUUCUCCUCGGUCCACCUUGUUGGAUGAGUGUACCCACCCACCGGGCAUCUAGGUUUUGGGCCGCCGCUUCGUCCGCUGCGUGUGUUGUGCGCACCGGUGGGUGUGCUGUCGGGCGUCAGGUUGGGCGACCACUUGUCCCUGGUGGAGGCCGCGGACAAAGUGCUGAAGACAAAGAAAGAAACAGCCGCCAUGUGAGCCCAUCGAUGGGCACGCUUCUCCUCCUGACAGUGCUCUGGCUCAGCCAAGGGCUCAGCAUGGGCGUACCUCACUUUGCGCCACACCAUCUUUGAGCUGUACGUCCAUGGCCCUUGGUGACAGUACGUCCCUGAAGCAUGCAGUGCAUAACACGCGAUAGGCACAUCAAUGCAUCGGGACGCGCAUGCCAUGGAUGCCUUCUGCCAGCCGCGAGUCCGUCUUCUCCUCACCUUGGCAGUCAUCCCACCAGCCAGCGGCAUCCCGUCAAUACAAUUAGGGCGAAACAGAAGAGAACGGUCAACCCUCGGCGACUAUCUGGCCGCUUCGGACACUCGUGGUGGAAGUUUUUCAAACCGCAGAACUUGCAUGUGAUCAUGCACGGGUUGGGGCAGUUCCUGAGGCGGUUGGGCUUCUUGGGGGCCGGGGGCUUGCGGGAGGGCGGCGGGAGGCCGCUGUUGGUCUGCGAUAUGGUGGAGGGCUCUUGGUCUUUGGGUUUGCGACGCGAACGCCUCGAGGGCUGCAGGGCUCUGCCAUCGUUGAGCGUGAAAUCAUUCAACUCUGUACGUGUCCACGCACACGAGCAAUCAGCCAUGGGUAUAAGGUGCUUCUCUUUGGUAUGAGCGUGUCUCUUCGCUGACCAUUCUCCACAGAUGAGAGUUUGCGCUUCUGGCCACGGCCGCCGCUCUUUUUGUUUUUCCUGUCAGCGCCCGGCACCCACUCCUCUUCGCCAUCCCUCUCAACAUUCACAGGACCUGCACACGCAUGACACACAUGAUGCAGUCACUGAGUGAAGGUUUCCUGCGCGUUGCCCUCCACUGGGUACAUGUACCGCUCUUGUUUGAGUGGUUCUUCCGGGCCUUUCGCUUCAGCCCGGUGGCCUCCGUGGCGGCCACCCCUUGAGUAAGCUGAGGGACGGCCACCUGCACCAGAUCGCCGAAAAGAGAUGCUGUGUUGAUGGACAGCAGCCGUGUCAGAAUGUCGCAGAGGACCCCAGUUUGGGUGAAAGUGGUAGAGUGGGCGUUGACAAGGGCCUCGAGCUGCGAGUAACUGCCGACGUACCCGGCAAUGAGAGGCACUGCUUCCUCAGGAACAUCUGAUGCGCGGAUGGGAUGCGUACUCGGAGGGGGCUGGUAGUCAGCUAUUGCUGUGCUGCUGGCCCCGGGCAGGCGGCGUUGGGCUUGGUGACGCCGGACGGCUGCCUGCACUCGAACAGCCGCCCUCUGUUGCGCUUCUCGAAGUGUGCGGCGUCGGGCGUGGGACAGGACGCCUUGUGGCCAUUGUGGGAGGUGCUGGGGCGUGAAGGGCGCGGCACAGCAUAGCACCCAGCAGAUGGGUGAGUGGUUUGGCCAGAUCAAGGCUCACCAUUCCAUAGCUGUGCGACCGUGACGGUGUGACUAGUACGGUGAUCUGAGGCUCUGAGCGAAGCGAAAGCAAGGCUAAAAAGGAUACGUGGAAAA